UUCGCCCAUCCUCUCCUCUUCGAAUGAAUCGCAGAAUAUCGUUCGAAGCAGUAUCAAGCUGUGAGGGGAGUCUAGCCGGCUGCAUAAAUACACACAACACGAUUACCGGGGCUGUGGUCGGGUUGAGACCGGUUAUCUUUUCAUCAGAGGCAGGCUCUCAUAGAGCUCGGAGUGGGAGAGUGAAUGAGGUUGAUGCUGCUCUGUUGUGACUGGAAGGACGAACGUAUGGGAGAGGAGGAAGCUGGCAGAAGCUUGCCCGUGUGUGCGGGAUGCAGACAACGGAUCUAUGAUGAACAGUAUCUCCAGGCACUCAACACUGACUGGCACACCGUAUGCUUCAGAUGCUGUGAGUGUAGUGCCUCCCUGUCCCACUGGUACUAUGAGAAGGAGGGCCGGCUCUUCUGCAAGAAGGAUUACUGGGCCAAGUUCGGAGAGCUGUGCCAUGGAUGCAACGACCCCAUCACCACCGGCCUGAUCAUGGUCGCAGGGGAACAGAAGUACCAUCCAGAAUGCUUCACCUGUCUGAACUGCAGAGCCUUCAUCGGAGACGGAGACACCUACGCACUGGUGGAGAGGUCCAAACUAUACUGUGGCCACUGUUACUACCAGACCAUCUUGACGCCGGUGUCCCUUCCAGACUCACCAUGCGCCAGGAUCCCCCACACAGUGACCCUGGUGUCCAUCCCAGCCUCCACAGACGGGCGGAGAGGGAUCUCAGUCGCCAUCAACCAGCCUCUCAGCCCCAACGGCUAUGGCCCAGAACACACUGUCAGGGUAUCACAGGUGGACUCUGAGUUGAUCAGUCCAGAUGUGAAGAACUCCAUACAUGUCGGAGACCGGAUCCUGGAGAUCAACGGAACACCCAUCAGGAAUGUUCCUCUCGAUGAGAUUGACCUGCUCAUCCAGGAGACCAGUCGUCUGCUCCAGCUGACCAUAGAACACGACCCCCACGACCAGGGGGGUUCAGAGGGUGAGACAGUGGGCGGACCCCUGACCACCCCCCUGUCUGACGGUCCCAGCCCCAUCCUCCCCAUCACCCAGCCCCCACACCCAGACAUCAACAACCUGCGCUCACGCCUGAUCACGCGGAGCUACAGUACUGAUAAGUCUCCGUGCUCCAGUAAUGCAGUGUCCCCUCUCUCUCAGAGGAAGGACAUUAACCGCUCCGAGUCGCUGCGAGUCGUCUCCAACAGUCGCAUGCACCGGAUCUUCCGGCCCUCAGACCUCAUCCAUGGAGAGGUGCUGGGAAAAGGCUGCUUUGGACAGGCCAUCAAGGUGACCCACAGAGAGACAGGGGAGGUGAUGGUGAUGAAGGAGUUGAUUCGUUUCGAUGACGAGACACAGAGGACAUUCCUAAAAGAGGUGAAGGUGAUGCGUUGUCUGGAGCAUCCCAACGUGCUGAAGUUCAUCGGUGUCCUCUACAAAGACAAGAGACUCAACUUCAUCGCAGAGUAUAUCAAAGGAGGAACCCUGAGGGAGAUCAUCAAGAAAAUGGACACCAACUACCCAUGGAACCAGAGAGUGAGCUUUGCUAAAGACAUCGCUGCAGGGAUGUCAUAUCUGCAUUCCAUGAACAUAAUCCACCGCGACCUGAACUCAGACAACUGUCUUGUCAGAGAGAAUAACAGUGUAGUGGUGGCAGACUUUGGGCUGGCUCGGCUGAUGGUGGAAGACAAGAUCCAGGACAAGAGUCUCCUGCAGAAGAAGCCUGACCGCAGGAAGAGAUACACUGUAGUGGGCAACCCCUACUGGAUGGCCCCGGAGAUGAUCCACGGGAAAAGCUACGAUGAAAAGGUGGACAUCUUUUCCUUCGGAAUCAUGCUUUGUGAGAUCAUCGGUAGGGUGAAUGCAGACCCAGACUACUUGCCCAGGGCCCAUGACUUUGGGCUGAAUGUGACAGGCUUCUUAGAGCACUUCUGUCCUCCAGACUGCCCCCCAGCCUUCUUCCCCAUGGCUGCCCUCUGCUGUGACCUGGAUGCUGAGAAACGCCCCGCCUUCACCAAGCUGCAGGGGUGGCUAGAGAACCUGAAGAUGAACUUGGAGAUCCGCUUACCGGUGGUGUCCGAGCUCGACACGCUACACAAAGCAUUCUGGGGAAACCACACCGUCCCCACCAUGGCUUGCACCGCCAUGCGGUCCGAGAACGGCCUGCCCCCGCACCCCGAGACUCCGGAGUAGAAGGGAUCCGUAACAGAGAGGAAUGCUGCUGGUCUCAGCCCAUGAGAGUGGGCAGAGAGAGGGGGUUAUGGUGGCCAUUGAGGAGGGUAGUAGAGCCUACUGUACCUCUGGCAAUGGAGUAGUUGCAUUGCAUUGUCCAGGCAGGGGUGGGGCAGGAGCUCUGAAUGUACCUCCUCAUACCACAGCAGUCACAGUGGUCAUAUAGGCUGAUAGUGGGCUGUCGAUGGGCUGUAUAGACUCAGGGGGAACCGAGGAUGGGAAAAGCCAGCCUUGCCUAAAGGCACUCACUCAUUCAACUCCAACCAAGAGAGACUCACUCAGACUGCAAUUACCACUACCAUAGCUUCAGUCUCAUGAUUGCUUUACCUUAGCUGAAUGUCAGUCUGGUAACUGCUAGCUAGCAGUAUGUCAAUCCCAGCUGUGAAGUCAUCCAUCUUAACACUCAUGUCAUCUUUAUCUUAUUGAGAUGGUGUUCAAGUAUAUUCGGACGUCUCUAAAACAGAAAAGCAGAAAAGAUGCUUCAGCCUCAUUGGUAGGGGACCCUCCUCCAGAGUAUUUGUGCAACAACAUGUGUUUGAAAAGUGUUCCUCUGUGUGACUUUGGUUUGGUUUGAUUUGAUGAUAUCAAAACCACUUUUUGAAAUGCUAAAGGAAGGGGCCUUUUAUGUGGAUAAAACAAAACGCACACACACAGUCCAGAUGUAGAAUAUAAUCGAGCAAAGGCUUUUGAGCAUAAACAAAAAGCUUUUUAAACACUGCAUGACUGUAAAUAGCCCUGUCCAGUAAGCCCUGUCUGUUGUCUCCUCCUAUCCCCCUCUACUGGUGACAGUUGUGUCACAAAUGGCAUCCUGUUCCCUUUAUAGUGCACUGCUUAAGACCAGGUCCCAAAGGGAUUACCAAAUUAGUGCACUAUAGGGUGUCAUUUGGGACGCAUUCUUAAAGUGAUGUCCCUGGUAGUGUCAAACAUAUGGUCCAUGACUGACCGUGUCCCUUCUCUCACUGUGUAGCACUGACUUGACUUUGAGGUAAACUUCUUUGGUACAUUUUUCCAUUUCAUAUUAGUUUAUUACUCUCUUUUUCCUUAUCUCAGUCACGUCGAGGUGAAAUCUCAUGUAUUCAAACUCAACCCACCCAAUGUAUAUAGCCGGUGAUAUUAUCAUAUUGUAAAUGUUUUAAAUAUUGUAAAUGUACAGACAUAUUUUGUAUAAUUCUAAUGUAUGCUACAUUGCCAUAUUUUUCUUGAGCUACCUGUUGAAAUUAAGGAGAAGAAGAAGAAAAAGAAAAGUUAGGCAGUAGUAGCUGAUAUGGAGCAGAUCACUUUUGACAGGGAUGAUGACUUCCUGUCUCAGGUUGCCAUGAUGAGAGACAGUGAUAGGGGACUCUUAGGAAGUUAAUACGAAGUAAGACAGCAUCUUAGGGUCCUAGCUCACCCCUACCGACCAUCACAGUAAGUGUAAGCACUCUCACAUGAUGUGUCCCAUUUACUCCCGUCGUCUCCUCUGCAUAUCAAAUUAUUUUGUUUACAGCAGCCUUUGAUCUGGUCUAGAAUCCAGAGAGUGCCCUGACUAUGACCUUGGAUAUAACUACUCUGUGGUUAUGGAGUUUGGCAUUCUAUGCCAAGCCACAUUUACCAUUUAUUCCUCUCAAAAUAAAUUGAGGAUAAUUCGUUAGUUGUUACUAUAGAGCUCUUUAGUCAUCCAUAGCAGGAUAUAUAUGUUGUGGAAGUUGGAGACAGCCAGGCUGUCACAUCAUAGUGUCUGUCUGACCACAAGCCUCUCUCUGUCCUACAGUACAUGGAGACAAACUUCGUCACAACCCUAGUCUCCUCGACAUGGAGCUCCCUAUGGAAGGCCCUCUGUUUACACACAAACUGCUGGCUGGAAAUAAUAUCUAUAUGUCUGUCGUUAUGCAUCUCAUACCUCACUCUCUUGAAAAUAAUCUAUUUCACUGUAUGUCAAUCUUUCUCUUGAACACAUUGUCACUCAUUCUCUCACGCGUGUUCUUUUUACAUCCAAAAUGUUUAUAUUCUCCCUCUUUUCCACUAGAAGAAGAGCUGCAUUGUGUACUUGCUAUUGCGAUCACUUCUGCUGUAAAACCAAGCUAUUCUUUUCAUUUUAAAACUAAAAUUGUGAUUGAAAGGACAAAAGGAAAGAAAGAAAUAGUCAGGAAAGAGUGUACAGACAAAGGAGACAGGAAAAAAGACGAAACAAAGAAAAAACACAGCAUCUCUUUUUAUAUAUAAUGACUGAAAUCUUUUUGUAUAGAUUUGAGUACUUUGAUUUGCACUUUCAAUUUUGGGUUACUUGUGAUAAAGAACUAAAAUGACGUUGGUUGAUAAUAUGAAUGCAAGUCACUGAUGGAGCCUUUCAAUUCAAUUGUAAACAUGUGUCCUGGGAAAUUCUUCCUUCUUCGUAGCAAACUAGAGUUAGGUGGCCAUUCUGAUGCCUGCCGGUAUUGAUUAUUAGAUAACUCUAAUGUCAUAGCAUGUCUGUGUCUAACUUGGUUCACAUUUCAGACAUAUGCUCAACUUUAAAAACAUGGUACAUGCAACUUUGAGGGGUUCAAAAGAGAUACCUCACAGGCCUACCUUCUAAAUGUCCAAACAAUUCAGCCUUGUUAUUUAAAAUUCUUCUAGUUUGCUACAGAGAGGAUGAGAUAACCAUGGUCUGUCUGCUGCCUAUAGACCGAUCCUUUGUGAAUUAAGUUCUGUGUCUUCUUGACUGCUUCACCUUACUGUGAUGUCCAGAGAGGGCUAAACUACUGUUAGUCUGUCAUCAAAAGAGAGCACUUGUGCGGUGCCUUUUUCACACUAUUGUGCCAACCUGAACCGUAUUGAGCUGGCUAGAUAUCUUCCUUUCCAGAACGAUUCCAGAAACUAGGGUGGACGCGAAACAAGGCCAGUGUAGUACACAUCCGUUUGACUUGUCAAGGCUCGGCUCGGUUUGGCUCAGUAGUGUGAAAAGGGUAUACUUACUGGCCUAUUCAAUCACCAAAAUCACAGUAGUACAAUAAGCCUCCAAUGAGCAUGCAGUCCUCUACCUACCUGUCAAUGUAUAAAUCAGUACCGAAAAUAUCUGUCUUAUGCACAUCUUCUAUUAAUGUGUUUAUCAAUGGGCAUGUAUGGGAAUCCAAUUGAAGUAUGUAUGGGACGUUGCCAUGUUUGUACAUAUGUAUCACCAUGUAUGUCAAAGCCACAUUAUUGUCAAGCAUGUGUUUGUCCACAGCACUUCUUUGCAAAGGAUCCUUACCGCUGAACAAUAUGCUGUGCCUUUGUUUUAAAGCUAGCCUUGCCAACGACUUGACUCGAAACGUGUUUGUUUGAACAUAUUUUUUGUAUAUAAUUCAAGUGCAAGGCUGAUGACAAUGAAUGGAUUUAACAUCAUUGCUGAUAUUUUGUUUUAUUAUGAUGAGAUUUUCCUCUUGUUCUAUAUCAUAUUUAUAUUUUCCAUAUUUCUCCAUCAUCAUGUUUUAUAUCUUAGGGAUUAUGGUUCAUUUUAUUUUCGUCUUUUUUUUUAAAAAUGACACAAGCUGUGAACUAUUCUGCACUUUAACCCUGAACGUGAACAUUGAGAUCCCUAGGAGACCACUGUAUUUAAUCACAGCUGGAAUAAACGUGUUGCUCCUUUAAUGAAA